CCAGAGGGCUUCGGAGGAGCAUAGGUAACCGUAGUGAAAUCCCGAUGAAUCGUGAAGAAGAUGCUAAACAAACCGGGUCUUGCCCUUCACAACAAGACUUCAACCCGUGUCCAAUCUGCCUCGGGCCCUUGGUUCAGGAAUCCUAUCUCGACACAUGUUUCCAUAAGUUUUGUUACAAUUGUAUUGUGCAUUGGAGUAGAGUGGUUGCUAGCAAGCGAACCUGCCCAUCUUCCUCUGUGAAAUGUCCUCUAUGCAAGACUGAGAAUUUUUCAGUAAUCAGUGGGUUCGAUGGAACUUGUUUUCAACAGCAUUAUAUAAAUCAAGAUUUUGAGAAUAGAUUCACCUUUUCAAAAGCACACAAGUAUAGAUUACAAUGCUAUUACAGUGAACCAGGUAUUGUAAAUGACAUAUUUGAUGUAUUGCGAUUUUGGAAAUCUCGGAAGUAUCUUCAGUCAAAUGUGUGGCUCCAUGGUUGGUUGAAAAGGGAACUUCAAACUUUAAUGCAGGAGGAAGAUGUUGACGUAGUUGUGCAUCACAUACAUGGUGUGAUUAAUUCUUUCUUGAGAAGAAUCGAACAGACCCAUCUAUUAAAGAAACCUGCUGAAGCAAAACAAGACAACUUCAGGACGGCUGUCUUUGAUGCAGCAAAGCCAUUUCUACUGGCAAGAACAGAUCGAUUUGUGAAUGAGGUGGAGUUAUUUCUUGCCUCGGGCUUGAACAUUGAUGCUUAUGAUGCAGUUUAUAUGCAACGCUUGGGUUGGAACACUCCAGGAGGAACCACCAGCACCAAGCCUGCAGAAGAACCUAGUCAACAUGUAGGAGUGGUUCCAUACUUGUAUAUCUUUGAUAUAGACUCUGAUGGAGCUGAAUGAAAUUUCCAUUUCUAAUGUAAAUAGAUGUUGCAAUUUUUUCUCAUCAAGUAAUAUCCAUGUAGAUAAUUCUUUGA